AAUGCUGCUUCCUCACAGAACCAAAAACACCGAUUAAUAAUCACAGUUCAAAGUUGAGAGAGAGAGAGAGGAAGAGAGAGAGAGAUGAGCAGUAGCAGCAUCAGCAGCAGCAUGACAACUGAAGAAGGAGAUGCAGUGCAUGUGAAUCUGAUCCUACUACCUGGGUUCAGAUUCUACCCAACUGAUGAGCUGCUGGUCAGCUACUACUUGAAGAACAAGGUACAGGGCACAGACUCCCAUUUCCGUCACCUCAUCCCUGAAAUCGAUGUCUGCAAGUACGAGCCCUGCGAUCUUCCUGCAUUCUUCCCAGAAGAUCAAGAGAAGGAGUGGUACUUCUUCAGCCGGCCCGACUACAAGUACAUCAACAGCACUCGCUGCAACCGGGCCACGGAGCAAGGCUUUUACAAGAUCACAGGGAAGGAGCGUGAGAUCAGGGCUGAAGAAUCCAAAGCUGUGAUUGGGAAGAAGAGGAUUCUGACCUUUUACGAAGGUCGUGCGCCGAAAGCAAAGAAGACCGAUUGGAUAGUCCAUGAGUAUUAUCUCACAGAAACCCAGGUGGGUUCUAAACCCACCAAGCAGAUGGACUUUGUCCUCUGCCGCCUGAAGAACAAUUCAGCUAGUUAUAAGAAGCCGAAGGGUGAUCCAAUCCGGGGCGAAUUAGCUGAUUCGGGAGCGAAUUCUGAAGACGAUCAAGCUGUUGUAAGUGAUGUGAUAGCAGAGCCAGUGGAACAUCUGGGAGAAAAAGAGCUAGGGAUUAGCCAAGUUAGCUUGAGCCUUGAUGAUGGUGAUGAUGACACUGGUUUCUGGAAAUUCUCGGAUUUCGAUGAUCCAGCUAUAUUUCUAGAGUUGUGUGCUGAGAUGGGAGAAAUUCUGAAUUCACCCUCUCAACCGCUGCAGCAGACACCACAGCCACAUCAGCCACCGCAUCCACAUCAGCCUUCACAGCCACAUCAACCACAGGAUUACUGCCCACCCACACUGCAGUCACCAUUACACACUUUGCCGGGAAGUGUUUCCCAUGUCCAUGGUGAUUGCACAAGGCGGCAAUCUUUAAUUCCAGAUAAUAUUUCUUAUCUUGAAUUUAAGAAUAAUAUUUCAACCUGUGAUCCCAAUGAAUGUAUGGGUCCACCGUUUGAUCCGUUACAAGAUUACUUGCUGCUGUCACCAAUGAACACGGAACUGGGAGAUGGUGUGCAUCCCAAUAACUAUAUUGGAUGCAAUGAUGAGUUGCGAUCUCCAGAUGAUAUGGAGAUUUAAACUCUUUUCCCAUAAAGUUCUUGAUUUAUCAUUGUUGACCAGGAUUAGUAAUUUAGUAUCCUGGGAAGAAACAACGUACCCUACUUUUAGUGACUCUAAUCUACCAGAGUCACAAGCACGAGUCUUAAGAUAUCAACAGCAACAUAGGUUUAGUCGGUCUUAGUUACUCAAGAAUAGCCAGUGAACAAGAAGAUUUAAUUAUCGAAGAACAGCAAGAUCUUAGUUAUUGGAAAACAGAAAUAGGGGACUUGUAAACCCCAAGAGCUCUAGCAAGAGUAAAGCAUCACCCUAGUCUACCUUUCAGGAACUGUAGGCAGUAGAAACUUCAUCUGCCAGUUUUGGACGAUCAUGUCCGUGACAACCGACGUAGGUUCGCUAAGCCUGUUCCUCUUCUCUUUGGCCGUUUUUAAGCAUUCCUUAGUUUUAGAAACUUCAAAGCUUGUUAGGUGAACAUGUUAGUUCAAAGAACAGCCGUAGAAGCCAGUGUUUGAGAUGUCAUCAGGAAGUCUACUCUCCUUCAACAAGUCCAGAUUAAGCAAAGAUGUCUUUUCUCAGAAGCAGCGGUUGUUUGUAGACCGCGUGUCACCUGUCAACCAAACUACAAAUAUUCCUCAGCAAAAUUGUCUUUCAAUAGUGUACUCUCUUCAUCAAAAGUCAGACGAACCUCAGCAAAAUUGUUUUCAAAUUAUCUGUACUCUUCAUCAAAAGCCAUACGUACCUCAGCAAGACUGUCUUCAACCAUCGUCCAUUCGCGUCUAUCCACUUGGAGUUGCUUCGAGAAGAAUCCGACUGCAAAGCUGCAUCACAAGACAAGGUGAGCAAUCAAAGCUGAAAUAGUUAAUAAAAGUUCUUGUAUUGAUGCUUUGGGAAGGCUAUUAUCUGGUUUCACUCAACUCAGUUCGAUUUCUGUCAAUUCUACUAGCGCAUUGCUCUUCAUCUGCCCCAGAAGAAAGCAAAAACCGAGUCUUUGAAGCAGGCAACUGUAGGUUUCUUUCAUUGAAGCAUCUCCUCAACACCACUUAUCAAGUCCCCCGACAGGGAAUGGUAUAAUACUUCGCACCAAGCUCUAGUUCUAGCCUCGUACUCGGGCUUUCCUUCCACAGUCGUUUAUUCUGGAAAUGGCGUUAUACAGGAUCUGCUGCGACAUGGCUUCUGGAGUCUCAAGUAUGUUACAAUAACCAGACACUAAUGUUGAUGUACUGGUUGUUGGUAUUGAAAUUUGAGGUUCCAUCCGUAAUGGAGUGGUAAUUACGAUCAUUAUCAAAAUCGGAUGAUUAUGAUUGGUUUAAUCCUUUGAUAACCUUCAGAAUUAAACACCCAUCUUAUGUAAAUAUUGCUUUGAUUAGUUUCCCUGUAUCAGCUGCUGCGUUCCUGUGCAGCAUUUCUGCUUUUCCUGUACUCCUUUCAUGUUGUAUUGCAGUUAACGUUGUUUAUUUAGAACCUUUCAAUUUCAAUGGAAUUUUGUGCAGUCUA